GGCCGGGGGACGCGGCGCCGCUGGCCCGAGCGCCGACUGCCGAGCAGGGAGGCCGGAGGGAGGUCAUGCCAGGGGUCGCGGCUCGCAUCCUCUGCCUGCUGCUGGCGCCGCUGCUGCCGGGCUCUCCGCGCAGCUUGGGGGCGGAGUUGACCUGGAAGCCUCUCCUUGGCCACUGUCCAUUCUAAGGCCACCUGCACAGAAGUGGCGGGGGACCCUCUGGGAGCAAAGAAAAUGGUGAUCUUCAGGCAGCUGUCGCUGGGUGCCAAGGUGGCCCUGGCCGCGGCCACUGUCUUCAUAUCCAUGAUCGUCUCCCGUUCCUAUCUGGCAGACAGCCUUGAGCUCAGGGCCUGGCGGUGGCUCUUCCGCCUGCAGCUCGUCCUCUUUGUCAACUCCCUCAUGCUCAUUGGUUCCCUGUACAUCUGGCGUAGCAUAGUGAGCAGUCUCUGCCCCUCCCCGGGCGCAGGGUCCGCUUGUUUCCAGCUUUGGAAGCUGACGGUAUUGGCGUUUCUGGCACUGGCUCAUUCGAGUUUCUUCACCAUGUUAUUCUUAGUGGCCGAGGAGCCCCACUUUUUCUCCUUGGCCGCCUACACCUGCCUGGGCGCUUACGUCUUCAUGCUGUGCUUCCUCUGCGUCCUCAGCGCCAUGGAGCAGGCCUACCAGCUCCUGGCCUGGCGCCGCGGCCGGGUGGCCGGCAGCCUGGACAAGACAAGGAAGCUGGCCCUCAGGCCCAUCCUGGCCGUGAUCGUGACCGCUGUGCUCAGUGUGGCCGGCCUGCUGAACGCCGCCCAGCCGCCGGCCGUGAAAACUGUGGAGUUGCCCAUCCGGCAGCUGCCGCCCUCCAUGAACCACCUCAGGGUUGUGCUUCUCUCGGACAUCCACCUGGGCCCCACGGUGGGCAGGACCAAGAUGGAGAUGUUUGUGAGGAUGGUGAACGUGCUGCAACCCGACCUCACGGUGAUCGUGGGCGACCUGUCCGACUCGGAGGCCGCGGUGCUGCGGCCGGCCGUGGCUCCCCUGGGCCAGCUGCGCUCUCGCCUCGGCACUUAUUUCGUCACGGGCAAUCACGAUUACUACACUCUGGAUGUCAACAACUGGUUUGCUCUGCUGGAAUCCCUGCACGUGCGGCCCCUCCACAACGAGUACGUGAGGAUCUCGGCUGCCGGGGAGGGAGAGGAGGGCGGGGACUGGAUCUGCCUGGCCGGCGUGGACGAUAUCGAAGCAGACAUCCUGCACUAUGCGGGCCACGGCAUGGACCUGGACAAGGCCCUGGGGGGCUGCAGCCCAGACCACACCACCAUUUUGCUGGCGCACCAGCCGCUGGCAGCCAAGAGAGCCCUCCAGGAGCGGCCAGAUAUUAACCUGAUUCUGUCGGGUCACACCCAUGCUGGGCAGAUCUUCCCCUUGAACGUGGUGGCCUAUCUCCUCAACCCCUUCUUUGCUGGUCUUUAUCAGGUGGCCCCAGCUACCUUUGUGUAUGUCAGCCCAGGCACGGGCCACUACGGGAUACCUAUGAGGCUGGGGAGCCGGGCAGAGAUCACAGAGUUCAUCCUGCAGCGGGCUCCUUGAGCCGGCCCUGGCCCUGCCCUGGUCCUGGCCCUUGCCCUCACCCGCUGCCCUUCCUCCCACUGGUUUGCCUGUUUGACCCACUCCAGCCCCUCCCAGCCAGCCCUGCUUAUGCACCCGUGGACAGUGAUGUGGGUGGGGCUGCCUGGCAAGUCAGUCUGGUUUAACUCUUUAAGUGGCUGUUGGCUUCUUGGUCUGCAUGGGUGGCGCCAGUGGGAGGGCUGCAGAAAGCGGGUGGAAACAUGGAAUUGAAGGUGCAGUGUUCGUGAACCUUCCAAAGCCCCCUCACCUGCAGGAACACAUGUAACACCCAGGUGGUGUGGAGGGAGCCGGCCUACAGGGCACUGGCAAGGGACACCUCCAAGGCGGGGUCGGGAGGUGGAGCUUCUUCCUCUUAGUGCUUUUCUUUAGGGUGCAGGUGGAUUCUAGAAGCUUCCGUCUACAAGGGAAGGGGCAGUGUUGCUGGGUGGGGAUAAGAGAGCAGAGAAGCUGAGAAGCCCCUCGGCUGUUGGAGAAAGGGCACUGGUGGUGUGAUGAGAUGUGCAGGAGGUUUGGGGCCAGAAGCCAGGCCACCUGCUUCUCACUAAGGAGUCUUCCCGAAGUCUGGUGAUUAAGGCACUUUAUGGGUUACAGAUGAGCCCAGGCCUCACAGGCGAUUGAGUGACUUGCUUGAGGCUGAUUGUAGCUUACCCGCAGGGGUUGCAGAGGCGGGCCUGGAGAGAGGGGCUGGUAGUGUGUAGGGCAGCUGCUGUGUUUGAAGAAGGAUCAGGAACCUGGAGACCCCUGCUGCUCCUGCCCCACCCUAGGUUGGGGUCUGGGUUUUUGAUUCAUUUUUUACUUGAAAGUCAAUUGGAGGGAGAGAGAGAGCUUCUAUCCACUAGUUCGCUCAGAUGGCCGCAACAGCCAGGAUUGUGUUGGUCCAAAGCCAGGAGCUUCUUCCCGGCCGCUCACGUGAGUGGCAGGAGACCAAGCACCUGGGCCAUCUUCCACUGCUUUCCCAAGCCAUUAUCAGGGAGCUAGAUUGGGAGUGGAGCAGCCAGGACAUAAACCGGCACCCGUACGGGGGAUGCCAGCAUUGCAGGCAGCUCAGCCCAUUAUGCCACACCAGCCCCAGGACAGGGUUUUUGUGGGGAGCUGAGGUUGACUGUAGCCGUGGGAGGUUGAGGCUUGCAUGGGGAGUGGCAGGCUCUGUGCCCAGGGUAGGACCUUGCAGGCUUCCCACCCAGGGCCAGGUGUGGAAUGCAGGGUUGUUCUUCUUGCCUGGCACCAUUAGAGCUGCCCUUGGGCCCUGGCCACCUGCUGGCCCCUAAGACCCUUGUCUGGAAUGAGCUGAACCUUGUCCCAGCCCUUGACCUUGGGACAACAAAAAGCCUUUCUAUUAGAAAAGGCCUGACCAAGAAGACCUAGGGCUCAGGCUUGCCGGUGGAUUCUUGCUAGGAGGUGCAGGGAUGUGGCCAAGGGGCUUUGUCCAACAGGGAACAACAGGUCUCAGCCUGCCUCGCGCUCGGAGCUGGGCGACACUGAGCGAGUGACAUGACCUCCCUGAGCACUGGUUUCCAUGGCCCCUAAGUGGGGAGUAAGGGUUGCACCUCCUAAGACAUGGUGCGUGAGUCUCCCAUGGCGCCGUGCACACAGUAAGCGCUCAGUGCCGUGCGAGCCUCUCACAUCGUGCUGGGGCUUGUGAAGGAACUUUCCCGGGACGCCGUGCAUCCGGGCAACGUGAGUGGGCAGCCUGCCUCCCACUGCUGGGUCGGAGCGUUGUCAACAGCAGCUGCUGGGAGGUGCCUUGCUCUGCCUGUGUCCAUGUCACAGGCCUGGAGGAGAGGGUGUCUUCAUGUUUGCCUUGUCCUGAUCCUGGAGGCCACCCAAUAACAGGGCAUUCACAGUGGCGCCUGCAGUGUGAAGGCUAGGGGAUGUCUGAGUUCAGGUUUGGGCGGCUUCCUAAUACCGCACCCACCCCUGUAGAAUUACAGAGCCAGGGAAGGGCCUCUGGAGAGAGAGAGACAGAAAGGUCUUCCUUUGCCAUUGGUUCACCCUCCAAUGGCCGCCGUGGCCGGCGCACCGCACUGAUCCGAAGGCAGGAGCCAGGUGCUUCUCCUGGUCUCCCAUGGGGUGCAGGGCCCAAGCACUUGGGCCAUCCUCCACUGCACUCCCUGGCCACAGCAGAGAGCUGGCCUGGAAGAGGGGCAACCGGGACAGAAUCCGGUGCCCUGACCAGGACUAGAACGCGGGUGCCAGAGCUGCAAGUGGAGGAUUAGCCUAGUGAGCUGGGCGCCAGCCUGGAGAGCCUUUUUCUUGGCACAUUCUGUAGGUGGAGUGAUUCCAGGAGGGACAGAGGGGCCUUACUCAGUGGGCAGCCUGGCACCUGGCUCUCUGACUCCUUUCUCCAGGGCACUGCUCCACGCUCAGCGCUGCUUCCUGGCUCAGCCAGGCGCUCUAACUUUCUUGCUCAUGACCAGUCCUGUUUUUGGGUCAUUGUUCCUGCCUUUUCAGUUCUCUUUUGUUUGGGAUUUCGUCAGAUGAAACUGCUUGAUGCCAUUUCACUUCCCACUCUCUGUAAUGACUUCAUCUUUGCCUCUCUCUCUCUCAAGGCCAUCAUUUUGGGGUCUUGUGUACCCUUCGCCCACCCUGAAGCCCUUGCUUGCCUGCUCGCUUUCUAUGAGCAGAAGGGAAAUGAGUCCAUCCUGUUGGACCGCAGAUGCAGCGCUGACACCUGCUCGCACCUGAUUUGUUUCCUGCCUUGCCAGGACAUCUCCCAGCAGACAUUUCUCUACUACCCUCCAGACAUGAGGUCCUUUGUUUUUCUGUUCGGUGUUCUUAGUCCAUUUUCCUUUUUCGUUUUGUCUGUUUAUGGCUGUGGGGGGCAAUGAGAAGCACUUGAAGCUCCACCAUUCUUUCUUUUUUUUUUUUA